AUGUACAAGACAGAGAAGAAUCCACUAGUGUUUUGCAUUGACCGAGGAAUAACCAUUGAGGAGGUUGCUGAUGUGGAGGAGAGCUAUGGUCUGCUGAAUUUCCCGUAUGAUUGUCGAUACAUGUCGCACAGCGAUGGUUCUCUAAGCUUCAAUGAGGUUAACCGAAACAGAAUGUUUCAGGUAUCCCACGCACAAAGAGAACGAAUGAAACAUUACAAGUCUUCUAUUAUAUCUUGCAAGCGAGACAACUACGAGCUGGUGAAGCUUCUCGAGUCCAUUGCCGCCUCUCAUUACACCAGCGUACCAAUGGUGGUAAAGUCCUGGAAGGCCAAGAGACAUCACGUUUGGUACUAUUUUGAUGACGAUUACAACAGCGUACACUUGAGUGACGCAGAGCUCGAUUCCUUGGACGAACUCCUACUUUGA